AUGUCUCAAUCAUCAGGAUCACAAUUGCAUCAUGAUGGCGAUCAUGCAACUGUUCCAAACUUUUUUCCUAAACGAGAACGAACACUUUCACAAUGUGAACGUGUAUUGCAAAGCCCAUCGUAUCAAGGAAAAAUUCAUGAAUUUUGUCGAGAAAAAGGUUAUGGUUAUGUACAACCAAAAGAUAACCAAAGUGAAUUGAUUUUUGUUCAUGUUUCUGAUAUUGAUGAUGAUUAUGUUCCUACAAAAGGUGAUAUAGUAACAUUUAAAAAAAUGUUAAUGCCACCAAAGAAUGAAAAAACGAUGGCGGUACAUAUAAAACUUCUUCGUUUAGCUGAUGGUGUUAAACAUGAAUCAUGGGAAGAAGCUGUUGAACAUGAUUUAGAACAUCGACGAGUAUCAAGAUCGAAUUCACAUACACUUCCACAGGAAUCAACAAAUGAUAGUGAACAUAUUGUUACUCAUAUUGAUUAA